UCUAAAAAAAAAUAAUACGGUACGUAUUUGCGGUGAUUUCAGCAUAACCAUAAACCCGCAGUUAAUUGUCGAUGAAUACCAUUUACCGACUACGGAUGAACUAUUGGCAGAUAUGGCUGGCUGUAAAAUUUUUGCUAAAGUUGAUUUAUCUCAGGCUUAUUUACAAUUGUGUUUGGAUGAAAAGAGCUCUGAAAUCGUCGUAUUAAAUACGCAUCGCGGUUUGUACAAAUGUAAACGACUGUGGUAUGGUUUAGCGCCCGCAGUUGCUAUUUGGCAACGUUUUAUGGAAAGCAUUUUAGCGGGGAUUAAAGGAGUCUCUGUCUUUAUCGAUGACAUUAAGAUGGGUGCGGCAAGUAGUAGUUUGUUAAUUGAAACAAUUGACGGUGUUUUUUCUCGUUUGAAUGCAUACAAUGUACAUGUGUGUAAAAGUAAGUGUACAUUUUUUGAAAAAUCUAUCGUUUAUUGCGGUUUAGUUUUAAGUGAACUAGGUAUACGUAAAAUGCCGGAAAAAAUGAUUGCUAUCGAGAAUAUGCCGCGGCCAACGAACAUUAGAGAAUUGCAGUGUUUCAUUGGUAUGAUAAAUUAUUACAAUAGAUUUAUCCCGAAAGUUAGUUCGAUUUUACACCCAUUUUUUGAAAUUUUACGUGGGAAGAAAACUUUUUCGUGGAACAUUGAUUGUGAAAAGGCUUUUCGUAAAGCUAAAAAUGUUUUUCAAAGCGAUGUUUGUUUGGCCUAUCUUGACCCCAAACUUAAACUACUAUUAGCUUCGGAUGCGUCGCCCACCGGAUGUGGGGCAGUUUUGUCCCAUUCCUAUCCAGACGGAUCGGAGAGGCCCAUUAUGUUUAUUUCAGCGACUUUUAAUUCAACGCAGAGAAAUUGGGCUCAAGUAGAUAAGGAAGCUUAUGCGAUUGUCUGGGCUGUUAAGCGUUUGUACCAAUACGUAUAUGGCAGAAAAUUCGAAUUGAUAACAGAUAAUAGAGCCAUUCAGCAAAUUUUUUCACCGGAUAAAAGUUUGCCUGUGUUCAGUGCGAUGCGUAUGCAGCACUAUGCAAUUUUUUUGCGGGGUUUUACGUAUACCAUUAGAUUUAAGAAAUCGGAACAUAACGCUAAUGCGGAUUGCCUGUCACGUUUGCCGGUACCGGGCAGCGUAGAGAGUGUUGAUGCACUGAGUGUGUUCUACAUUAACUUGGUGUCCACCAUACCAGUUACUUUUGAGGAAAUUAAAAAAGAAAUUGAUUCUAAGCAAGAUGCUGACAUUUGUAAAGUCAUUAAUUUGAUCAAACAAGGGAAAAAGUUAGAAUCAAAAGACACUUGGAAUUGUAACCCUUUGGAAUUUAAUUUGGAAUUUGGAAUACUGUUAAGGGGACACCAAGUUGUAAUUCCACGCAAACUUAGAAAAAGUAUGUUAGAUCAAUUACAUGUCGGUCAUUUUGGUAUUGUCAAGAUGAAAAAUCUGGCUCGCGGGUACUGUUGGUGGCCAAAUAUCAGUUUAGAUAUCGAGCAUAAGGCACGAAAUUGUUACGAGUGCAAUUUACAUAGCAGGAAUCCACCUGCGAAUAAACUGCAUAUUUGGGAACCAGCCAGUGUUCCUUUCGAAAGAGUACAUUGUGAUUUUGCGGGGCCUUUUCUUGGGAAAAUGUUUUUUCUAUAUGUAGAUGCUUUUUCUAAGUGGCCGGAAGUACAUGUGGUAAAAAACAUAAAGACUGAAACAAUUAUUUUAAAAUGUCGUGAAAUAUUUGCUAUUUUUGGACUACCUAAAAAUAUUGUGUCGGACAAUGGUCCGACGUUUAAAGCUACAGAAUUUCAUGAAUUUUUACACAGUCACGGCAUUUUGCAUCGAUUUUCUGCCCCUUACAACCCUCAAACAAACGGGCAGGUAGAAAUUUAUGUGAAUACGAUUAAACAAUCUCUUAAGAAAAUGUGCGAAAAAGUCUCAGAUGUGCAAGAAGCAUUAUUACAAGUGUUAACGCAGUAUCGUAUCACACCUCAGGUUACAACGGGCAAAGCUCCUUCUGAGCUAUUAUUUGGUACGAAACCGAGGUGCACUUUAGAUCUUUUAAAACCUGUACAAAUAAAACAAACGAUAGUGGAACAUAAUAAUCAAAUUCCGGUAAGAAAAUUCAAACUGAAUGAUCGAGUCGCUUGUCGUAAUUAUGCAAAUACACAAAAAUGGUUUUUUGGUAGAAUAUUAAAAAUUUUGGGAAAAUGCCAUUAUUUGAUUAAGUUAGAUGAUACCAGAAUUUGGAAAAGACACGUAAAUCAACUUAGAAAAAUUGGAGAAGGCAUUGAAAAUAGAAGUACGCCCGAUUAUGAUUAUUAUGUUCCACCUGAAGAGCAAAUGGUUUUUUAUGAGACUGUACAAAAUGAUGAUGUAUCUAACGCAGAGAUCGCGAAUGAAAGCGCGAAUGCUUCGGCGGGUGAAUUGGAUGAAACCCCUCCGGUUGGCCCAUCGGUCACGGAAAUAGAUAAUCCUGUUGUAGAAAGGCCUAUUUUAAUACCUAGGCGAAAGCGAAAGCGACAGCCAAAAUUUCCGGGAAAGUAUGAUGAAUUUAUUUGCGAUAUACCACCUAAAAGAAGUAAGAGUCAAUAAAAAUAUGUAUGUAUUGGGAUUUUUUUUUAUUUCGAGGGGGAGUGUCAUGUGUGCGCUAAAAUAUAAUAUAUAUAUAAUGUAGAGUAACGUAGGUGUAAGGAGACUAUGUAAUGAUAUUGUAAAAGUGCUCGUCAGUUCGUCGACGGCACGCUCACGGGAAAGACGUAAAUAAAGAUACACCUAUAUUAGUA